AUGUACUCUACUGUUUGCAAGCAACAUGGAAAUUCUGAUGCUUCAAUAGCAUCCUUUAUAACAAUAGGAUUUGUUGGCCAACUUAUAGGCUGGUGGGAUCAUUAUCUCACUGAAUCUAAAAAAUUAGAGAUUCUUAAUCAUAAAAAAAUCGUUAAGAGCGAACCAAGAACUAGUACGAGCACUAUUGUGGCUACAACCACCACAGGAGAAGAAGAUGCAGUGUAUACACCGUGUCUCUCCAUCUUACAACAUUUUGUAGGAACCAAUGUCCCCAUUGGAGAAAAAAUCCAGACACUUCUCCAAAACCUUAGGUGUCCUUCUCUCACCCACUUUAGAUGGUAUAAGGAUACUUUUCUUUCAAUAGUUUAUCAAUUAAACAAUCCCAAUUCUUUGCACUGGAAAGCAAAAUUUAUUGAUGGAUUACCUCAUUUCUUUUUUGAGAAAGUUAGACAAUCCUUAAGACAGAAAAAUGAUGGGAUAAAUAUAAAUUAUUCAGAUCUUACUUAUGGUCAUAUAAUUAGCACUUGUGUUAAUGAAGGAUUAACUUUAUGUAAUGACAUAAAGCUUAGAAAUCAACUCAAAAAGCAAAAGCUCUCUGAAAAACACCAAAUUGGUGAAUUUUGUGAGCAAUUUGCUUUUGAUCUUGGAAAACCUCCAGAUAAUAAAAAGAAAAAAGGAAAAAUUUUCCGCAAUAAACCUUAUAGGGAUAAGCCAAAAAAUUCUUAUAAAAAUUCUUAUAAGAAUAAGAAAAGGGGUCACUACAAUAGAGGUAGACCUAAAGAAAAAUCUUUUGACCCUAAAGGUAAAAGAAAAGCCAAAAGGCUUGACAUAACAUGUCAUAAAUGUGGCAAACCUGGCCAUUAUGCCGACCAAUGUUGGACUGAAAAAGCUCUUAAUGAGAUAGAAAAUGAACAAUUACGUUCUCAAUUAGAGAAAGUUUUACUUCUCAAUUCUGAUUCUGAAGAUUACUCUUCAGAAGAAGAUAUUAAUAUGAUUUAUGAAUCUUCUUCUGACUGCUCUUCUGAAUCUUCUAACAAUAAUAAUUGUCAAUGCAAUCAAUUAGAUUACUGGAAAUCAAUAGUUGAUAUGAAUGGGUUAAACGUUUUAACCUCAGAACAUGAUGAAGCUAUAAAGCCUAUAGAGUCCAUUUCUGAUACAAAUCUUAAAAGAAAAAUGCUUGAGGUUCUAAUCCAAGAAAACUCUAGAAAAGAAUCCCCUGUUAUUACAGAAGUACCUUACCAAUUAAGUGAGAUUUUGUCUAGAUUUAGACAGUCUAACAUUCGUGAAACUCCUGUUUCUAUUAUGAAUUUAAAUAGAGAAAUAAAUCUCUUAAAAAAUUAG